ACAUGGAUGGGAUUCCGUUGGAUCUUUGGGGUUCGACAGUCUUCUAUCGAACCGUGUCAUCUUCUCGACAUUGCUCUUGCCAUCUCACGGGAUAAAGGGGACAAACCGCAGCGGGACUGGCUCUGUACAUUAUACCGGAUUUUGGGUUCCCUUUCUAUUGUCCGAAGCCGUGAUUUCGGGCGGAAGAGGUUGUUUCGUUCCUUGAUCCUCACCACCAUCGUCACGAAUAGCGCGUCUCCCCAGGACACCGCUUUACACGCAUCGCCCCGCCGACAUUCCACCUCUGACCUUCGACCUUCGACCUUUGACCUCGUCGUUGUAUCGGCGUCCCAAAAAAACCUCGGCGAAUAGAACGGCAGUUGGGAAGUCCUACGCCGCCGAGUCCCUCCUUUCAACGAUGACUUGAUCAGUGAAAUAGUCGUCAUCUUCACCUCUCGUUACAUCUCAAACAUACCUCCCUUCUCACCGUCUCCACAAACCGCAAAACAUUCCCGAUCUAAGACCUCACAAUCUCAACGACAAAUACCAUGUUUCGUAAACCUUCAGAAAUUUCAUCCUCUUCUGAGGAUGAAGCCGAUCCAUCCUGUGACCCACCAUCCGCACCUCCAGCCCCUCCCUGUCGCCCGACUGCGGGAACCCCGGAGCAGGAACUUGAACCGGUGAACCCUGUGACGCUCUAUUCCCCGAUCGCCCCGACAACUCCGGCCAAUCACCAUAACGCGAUCCUGCUGAACUCUUUGCUGGAGCACUUUGUGAAGACCCGGGUGCCAACCUCGCAACCGGAACUUGCCGACAGGCUGUUCUCCAAUCUCGCUCAUCGUCUCGGAGGUCUGGGGUUUGUUCCUCAGACUAACGGGGAUAUAACACGCGAAGGCCUUGCACCUGUCAGACAGGGCUAUCUUCGUGGCCUCGACCAUCUCCUGUCACAAGAGAUUGACAAGAACGCUGAGGAGGAUAGGGCUACAAAUGUGUUGGCUGGCGAUUUGGGGAGAAGGAGGGGAGUAGAAUCUGGUAUGGGGGCUAGGACGAGACCUCCCUUUCGCCGCCUUCUCACGGACCUUACUACUCGAAACCUGAAUCCUAAUGACCGUCAGGCUAUCCACCGGAGCUCUUCAUUGAGUGUUCUGAGCGAUGCCUGCAGGGACAGCCCCUUCCGUCCUAGCACAGCUCCCGGAGCCGCUAGUACAACUACCACCUCAGCCUUUUUACCUCCACAUACGCAGACCUCUCCCACGAUUAUUGAACCGGCUAUUCUAUUACCGCUUCCUCGUUAUGCCAAUGACUUUGUCGAGAUCGCUUUAUUGGGCAAGGGCGGUUAUGGUUCGGUUUAUCAUGUUCGUCACCGCCUUGAUGGCGUUGAAUACGCGGUUAAGAAGGUCGUUAUUAAGAAGGGCGUACUUGAGAAUGAACUGGGUGGUAAGAAGGAUGGUCUGGAGAGAGUUGUGAAUGAAAUCAAGACUCUGGCACAACUCCAUCAUGUUGGCAUCGUUCGUUACUUCUGCAGUUGGGUUGAGGGGGUGGUGGAAGACAUGUUGACUACUCCCCAGUUCAUUGGAGGUCAUGUGGGGGUCCAAGAUGUGCAAGGCCAUCGGUCGCCUAAAGCAGAGGUCCUGAACGAAAUUGAAGACAUUGAUGCUGACAUAAUAUUUGCUCAUUCCGGGGAAGACGAGAGGAUUGAAACAGUUGAGGAGACUGUCACCACCUCCGGUGUCAACGGUCAAGCCAGCGAUGGGUUGGAGGACUCUGUUGAAUCAAUUCCCAGAUCAUAUCCUAAGCGCCGCCAUAGCCAGGCCAACGUGCAGCAUGGAAAGCCAAAAGUCGCAUUUGAUAUUCCAUCCCGUUCUGAUUCAGGGUCCGAGUUCACAGGGUCGAAUAUCUUCUCCUCCGGUGGUGGGCUACUAAUCAAGUCUACUCCCAAUAGCCAUGGGAGAAAAUCGUCUUCUACAUCUUCUGGCCUGACUCUGUAUAUCCAGAUGUCUCUCCAUUCGUUUACCCUCACUUCGUUCAUCUCGGCAUCCGCUCACCUCUCUAAACCCACCCCAAGGCAUUGCUUCUGCGUCAAGUCGUCGCUCGACAUAUUCCUGGGCCUUCUGGAAGGUGUCCAGUAUCUUCAUUCUCAAGGAAUCGCACAUCGGGAUCUGAAACCCGGUAAUAUAUUCCUAGACGUUGAACCUGCUAGGAAGGGUUGUCAUUGUGGGGAGGCUGUGGUCUUACCACGUAUUGGGGACUUCGGACUGGGAACUAGUAUUAGCAAGGAUGGUCAUGAUAGCACGGCGGCUGUUGGUACUGAAUUUUAUAGGCCUGCUAAUCCCGAUCCCGCCAUUCAAGGUGAUGUUGUUGGAAGAGAUUUGUUUGCGUUGGGAAUUAUACUCCUUGAAUUGCUGGUGAGGUUUAGAACUCGUAAGUUGAUUUGCUAAACACGUUUCCGCAGCGCAUUAUUAGAUUGCUGAUUUCUCUUAGGUAUGGAACGUGUGGAGGUCCUAUCUAAACUUUCCAGAACCGGCCAGAUUCCAAAGGACAUCGAACAACUCAACGAUCAGAGAGUAGCUAGGGUCAUCAAAGGUUGUUGCGGGAUUGGUGAAGCGAGGUGGGAGAUCUCCAAGAUCAAAGCCUCUAUUCGAGUAAUCCUGGACGAAUUGGAAGGGGUCAAGCAUGGAGGCCUGGCAACGGUCUAGAGAAUUGUACUGGCGAAUUUAGCGUAUGAUGUACUGUAGCAUAUCCUCUUCACUCUCUUGACCAUUUUUUUCUCCCUCAUGUCUCUUUGCGUUUACGGGUGGGGUUUCAAAAAGGCUUGCAUGCAAUCUCAGAGAGGCUCUGCGCCGGAGGCAUUGUAUCAGGGGGGGGUGUCGGCUCCGGGCAGCUAUCGAUAAAUAGAUCGGUUAGAUUUCACGG